CAUCAAGCUCCAGGCUCCAGCCACCACUUCUGCCACUAAAUCAGAAGAAACAUAAAACAAAACGAAAAAUAUAUAUUUCCCCCUUCAUUAGCUAACAAGAAAAUUACUUUUUAACAAAAAGAUGCGGAAUACUCAGGCCCUGCUGUGUGUCUCUUUCCUCCUGUGUGGUUUGGCAGCUGAGUGUUUUGGCUACAGUUUAAUGCCCAAAGAUAAGAGAGGAUGGACGCUGAACAGUGCUGGCUACCUUCUAGGACCUCAUGCUCAUCGAACACUAACAGAUAAAGGUGGUAUGGCUGGAAAAAGAGAGAUAGUGGAAGACCUGUAUAAGCCUGGAAGAGAUAUGUUUGGGCCGCAGCAGCAAUCACUGGAUAAUAACACUGUUCAGACUGUCCUUGAAUUCCUAGCAUACCUACGUCUCAAAGAAACUGGAGCACUGGACCAUUUGGCUUUGCUUAUUUCGGAAGAGUCCACAUAGAACAUCCCUGGACCUUGAGCCUUUACCUAGAGUACAAGUCUAAUGUUCAAAUCACAGAUAAAGUAUUUAAAAAUAAAAUAAGAAUUCAGAUGGAUUUAGACGUUGUAAAGAUUAAUACAAAAAUGUUGCUUUCGGGUAAUCAGUUCAUCCAACACAAAUGUCUUAUAAUCAAGUAUCAGGUCUAUUUAUUGGCUGUUUUCUAGAAAGGCUGAAAUAAAACUAAAAUUGCUUUGUCACAUGGAAAAGCGAUUUAAAACAUUAA